CGGCGACGCGGGUCCCCCCGCCGCUGCCAUGCAUGACGCCUUCGAGCCGGUGCCGAUCCUGGAGAAGCUGCCGCUGCAGAUCGACUGUCUGGCGGCCUGGGAGGAAUGGCUUCUUGUGGGAACCAAGCAAGGUCAUCUCCUCCUCUACAGGAUUUGGAAGGAUGUUGGUUGCAACAGAUUCGAAGUAACUCUAGAAAAAUCCAACAAGAACUUCUCCAAAAAGAUUCAGCAGAUUCACGUGGUUUCCCAGUUUAAGAUUCUGGUCAGUUUGUUAGAAAAUAACAUUUACGUUCACGACUUGUUGACAUUUCAACAAAUCACUACUGUUUCAAAGGCAAAGGGGGCAUCUCUGUUUACCUGUGACCUCCAGCACACUGAAACAGGUGAAGAGGUGCUGCGGAUGUGUGUGGCUGUGAAGAAGAAACUCCAGCUGUAUUUCUGGAAGGACAGAGAGUUUUAUGAAUUGCAGGGGGACUUUAGUGUACCAGAUGUGCCCAAGUCCAUGGCAUGGUGUAAAAAUUCCAUUUGUGUGGGUUUCAAGAGAGACUACUAUCUAAUAAGGGUGGAUGGAAAAGGGUCCACCAAAGAACUCUUUCCAACAGGGAAACAACUGGAGCCCUUGGUGGCACCUCUGGCAGAUGGAAAAGUAGCUGUUGGUCAGGACGAUCUCACCGUGGUCCUGAAUGAGGAGGGCAACUGUACACAGAAAUGUGCCCUGAAUUGGACAGAUAUACCAAUCUCCAUGGAGCACCAGCCUCCAUAUAUCAUCGCGGUGUUGCCUCGGUAUGUGGAGAUUCGGACAUUUGAGCCCCGCCUGCUGGUGCAGAGCAUUGAGUUACAGAGACCCCGCUUCAUUACCUCAGGAGGUUCAGACAUCGUCUAUGUGGCCAGCAAUCAUUUCGUCUGGCGGCUCAUCCCUGUCUCUAUAGCAACCCAAAUCCAGCAACUUCUUCAGGACAAGCAGUUUGAACUGGCCCUGCAGUUGGCGGAAAUGAAAGAUGAUUCUGACAGUGAGAAGUGCCAGCAGAUCCAUCACAUUAAGAACCUGUUUGCUUUUAACCUCUUCUGUCAGAAACGUUUCGAUGAGUCCAUGCAAGUUUUUGCAAAACUUGGCACAGAUCCUACCCAUGUGAUGGGUUUGUAUCCUGAUUUGCUGCCCACUGAGUAUAGGAAGCAGCUGCAGUAUCCCAACCCAUUGCCAGUGCUCUCUGGAGCUGAACUGGAAAAGGCUCAUUUGGCUCUAAUUGACUACCUGACUCAGAAAAGAAACCAGCUGGUGAAGAAGCUCAAUGACUCUGAUCAUCAGUCAAGCACCUCCCCCCUCAUGGAAGGCACCCCCACGAUCAAGUCCAAGAAGAAACUCCUGCAGAUCAUAGAUACGACGCUGCUGAAGUGCUACCUCCAGACCAACAUGGCCCUGGUGGCUCCAUUGCUGCGUCUGGAGAACAAUCAUUGCCACAUUGAAGAAAGUGAGCACGUGUUGAAGAAGGCUCAUAAGUACAGUGAGCUGAUCAUCCUUUACGAGAAGAAGGGGCUUCAUGAGAAAGCUCUGCAGGUACUGGUGGACCAGUCUAAGAAAGCUAAUUCCCCCCUGAAAGGCCAUGAGAGGACAGUGCAGUAUCUUCAGCAUCUGGGCACAGAGAAUUUGCAUUUGGUGUUCUCCUACUCUAUCUGGGUGCUGAGAGACUUCCCAGAAGAUGGGCUGAAAAUAUUUACUGAAGAUCUCCCUGAGGUGGAGGCUCUACCACGGGACCGUGUGCUGAACUUCUUAAUAGAAAACUUUAAGGGCCUAGCUAUUCCCUAUUUGGAACAUAUCAUCCAUACCUGGGAAGAGACGGGUUCUGAGUUCCACAACUGCCUUAUCCAGCUGUACUGUGAGAAGGUCCAAGGCCUGAUGAAGGAAUACCUCAGCUCCUUCCCUACAGAUAAAACUCCAGUCCCUGCUGGUGAUGAAGAGGGCGAGCUGGGAGAAUACCGGCGGAAGCUCCUCAUGUUCCUGGAGAUCUCUAACUGCUAUGAUCCAAGUCAGCUCAUCUGUGACUUCCCUUUUGAUGGUCUUCUAGAGGAAAGAGCUCUCCUUUUGGGGCGAAUGGGGAAACAUGAACAAGCCCUCUUCAUUUAUGUCCACAUUCUGAAGGAUACAAAGAUGGCUGAAGAGUACUGCCAUAAACACUAUGACCGAAACAAAGAUGGCAACAAAGAUGUGUAUCUGUCCCUGCUUCGGAUGUAUCUGUCCCCACCUAGUGUUCACUGCCUGGGGCCAAUCAAGAUGGAGCUGCUGGAGCCCCAAGCUAAUCUCCAGGCUGCUCUGCAGGUUUUGGAAUUACACCACAGCAAGCUGGACACCACCAAGGCCAUCAACCUUCUUCCUGCCAACACUCAGAUUAAUGAGAUACGCAUCUUUCUGGAAAAAGUCCUGGAGGAAAACGCUCAAAAGAAACGUUUUAAUCAAGUCCUCAAAAACCUUCUUCAGGCGGAGUUCCUGAGGGUCCAAGAGGAGCGCAUUUUCCACCAGCAAGUGAAGUGUAUCAUCACAGAGGAGAAGUUGUGCAUGGUGUGUAAGAAGAAGAUAGGGAACAGCGCAUUUGCCAGAUAUCCCAAUGGAGUGGUUGUGCACUACUUCUGUUCCAAAGAGGUCAACCCGACUGAUACCUGAACUGGAGCUGUGCUCUGAGGUCAGCAGACUACAAUUCCUGCCUUUCCCAGAAGGACAGAAGGAGUGAAAGCUCCUUAGGAAACAAGAUUGCCUCCAGGAGGAGUCUUCAUUUGGACACUACUCGGUACCUUACAGCCUGGAGCAUCUCUGGACUAACUCUACUCCCAACCCCGACAACAACAAUGUUGGCUUUUUAAGAGGAAAAAAAUGACUUGUACGGUUAAGUUGCUGGCAACUUCACAAAAUCUCUUUGAUACUUAGGAUGUGAAGUAGAUGCAUCCUCCAGUGUUUGCAUUAUUAUGCACUAAGAAAACUUGUUUUGAGCAUUUGUAACUGAAGGGGAAUUUUUCCAUUAAGAACCUUUUUUAUAAAGGUAAAUACAUGUCUUCAAGGACUUGGAGGCCAGACUAACUGGAGAGUCCAGUGAAAAGAGAAAAUUCUAGGAGCUGUGCCAUCUGUGUAGACAGAGCAGCUAGCUUUCUAUUUAAGGAUGUUUGUUUUUUUCCCUGUCUGGUUUUGGUGCUAGACACUCCCAAGACAUUUUCCUCUCUACUCCCUCCCUUUUAUCUUUGUCUCACUUUCAUUUGGUUACUUUUUCCUUCUCACUUUUUCCCCACAAUUCCUGAGGUCAGAAAUGACUAGUAUUUGGCACUGUUAUGUUUGACAUGCAAGGGGUUAAUUCUCCAGAAUUUUUGUAUCACCUCUGCAGGUGUUAAGGGGGUCUUAGGUGGGAGAUGUAAAUAUGUCCUAUUUGUACUGCACAAUCAAUCACUCCUUCCUUCAUGAACGGGAAACCAGGAGGGCAUUACCUUUCUAGGAAAGGCAUCCUACAUCCACCGUCUGUCCAAGUGGAGAGUGUGGGUCCAAGUUAUGACAUCAUAACAAGUUAUGCCAAGUUAUGAUGUCAUAAAGACUGGACCGGCUUCUGAGUGCUUGGUGUGAGAUCAUAUUCACACACCCCUGCAGUGUUGGCUACUCCCAGGCUCAUUCACCAGUAGCAAAGUUAAGUUAGUUUAAUAUUUGUUCAUGAUGCUAUGCCUUGUUUCAGGUACCUCCUCGCUCUGCUACUGGCUAGUUCCUGCUUGCAUGCCAUGAAGAAUAAGCCUGAUUAUUAGUCUGCUGGUGUUUUGAGGGAGCUGGUGGAUUGGGUUGCAGUAUUGUAGGUGGCUGGGUCUUUGAGAAGUUUGGAGAAAAGAUGCAGUUAAGAGCUCAAGUAUAUUUGUGAUCAUAUUCAGGGAGGAUGGGAGAAAAAGGCAGUAGCGCAAAUGGGCUUUUAAAGUACAUCCUUCACCCCACCCCCAGCCCCAACCCCUGUAUUGUUUCCCCCAAGGUCCUUUAAAGCACUGGUUAGGUUGUAUUCUUGCCACCCACAGGAUUACUUGUGGUUUCAUGGAGUACAAUUUGCAGCAUCUCUCAUUUUAAAAAGGAUUAGGACCUACUAUCUCUGCACCCUCAAUAGACAGGCCGAGGACAUGAAGGACAAAGAAUCCUGCAUCCUGACAUUAAUGGGGAUUCUGUACACUUGACCACUUCAGUUUUGUUGCCCUGGUACCUUUAGUGGGUGGUUGGAAGCAGGGCUGAGUGAUGGAGCAGUGGAUCCCUUUCUCCUCAUUCGAGGAAGCAGUCAUAGUGGCCAACUCUGUUUCCCUUAUGAUAUAAUGAAUUUUCACUGUGGCGUUUUGGCAUCUCUUUCCCUGUGCUGUCAGCAUUGCCUUCAGGCUUGUGGGGGUCUAUAGACUCUGCUGCUAAGGGAGACUAGUUAUGAACUGAAGGAGUCCUAGUCCUCCACGUGGACCUGUGUGUACUAUCUGAAGAUAUAUUGUUAGCUCCCAGCUCAGCUGUAACAUUUUGGCUAAUUAUUGACAGCGGUGAUGGAGACAACUGGGAAUAGGUCAGUGAGAAUGAGGCGUCUUUCGGGAGAGCUGUGAAGCAAGUAAGCAGGAAGAGACAGGGCCAGUUACCAGUUUGUCCAUAUGUGCAUAGCAGCAAAGGAGAGACUGGGACCGAGCUGCUGAGAAGGUAGCUUGGAGGUGGGUAACAGGCCUCUCCUCAGCUUUCCUGCUGAAGCCCUCCUAAAGCACAUGCUGCACUGGCCUAACACCUUCUGUCUCUGGUUUCAUUUACUGUGAGCCAGAUUUGUUCAAAGCAAUAGAAUAAAGAUUAUGUGUGGUCUUACAUGUAGCAAGCUGCCGCUUUGUCAAUUCCAUCCCUCUUACUUUAGCCAUCUUUGGGCCAUACUCCUACCUAGCACCUACUUUUGGCAGAAGUCUACCCAACAUGAGGUUUGACCUGCUGUAUUUAUCUUAGUUGUGUGUGAAAUUGUCACAGCUACUAAGUGAGGUGUGGGAAAGGCAGUGGGGGAAUCAUAGCUUUAUGGGGUGAGCUGGUGACAACGAUCUCUUGUUCCCUUCAAUAAUGAUAAUAAAAUUUAACGAACCUUUC